UUAGCACAUUUCAAUACACACACACACGCGCACACACACUAUAUUACUGAGCAACCUUAUACUACUUACCAUAUGGAAAACAAUCAUUUUGAUCAAAGAGAAGAACGCUUAUCCGUUGACCAAGUGUCCUACAGAGGUGUUCGCCGAAGGAAAUGGGGGAAAUGGGUAUCGGAGAUCAGAGAGCCCGGUAAGAAAACCAGGAUUUGGCUCGGGAGCUACGAGACAGCAGAGAUGGCCGCAGCUGCCUACGACGCUGCAGCUCUUCACCUCCGAGGACGUGGGACACAUCUCAACUUCCCGGAGCUCGCCGACAGUUUUCCUCGGCCAGAAAGCUCUAGUUCCGAGCACGUUCAAGCGGCUGCUCAAGAGGCAUCAUUAAUGUUCAAACCGGGUGGGUCUACUGAACCAGAUAUCGUGUCGGGCCAGGGAUUAUCUCGGGUCGGAUUGUCUCCAGAUCAGAUUCAGGCGAACAAUGAAUUUCCAUUGGACUCGCCGAGGAUGGGGUGGAUGCAGGAUUUGGAAGUGAAUGACUAUGAAGAGUUAUACAGACGAUAUUUUGGUCAGUGCGAUAGAGCUGAGUUUUUUUGAAAUGCAGCAACUUCAGUGCAUAUGGGAUUUUAAUUGAUAAUUUUUUGGUUAAAUAUAUUUUUGGUUAACUUCAGUCCAUAUAGUGUUUUACUUGAUAUCGACUACUUAAUUUAUUUAAUAUUAGGAGGGUGUCCCGCGCGAAUGAAUAUUGUUUUAUUGUUUUUAAAUGAUUUUUCGAUGAUGU